CCCCGCCUGCUUCAGGGAUGGCAAUGGCUGACCAGCGGCAGUGGAGGACUCAGGCUUAGUGUUCUGCUUCCCUCUGUAUGUGACUGACGGCCGGCCACACACUCUCCAUGUGUCUGUCUGCCUGCCUGUCUGUCCAGCCCAGGUGCAGCCAGCUGGUUCCUGUGGGACUCCUUCCUCCUUCUGUCUGGCUGUCUUCUGUCACUGUAUUCCUUUCCGGGGACACCUGUUCAGAAGCCCAGCUGUCCCUCAGUCUGGGUGACUGUCCGGUGGCUCGGAUUGGCUGUGGAUUCUCACCCCAGACUGGCUUUCUCAGACCCUCAUCUCCCACCUCCACCCCCAGGAGGCCACCAGAGUGCCACCCCGCACACAGAAUGGACUUCUGAGCAAACUGAAACAGCAGAUGUUUUAUGGCACAGAGGACUCAGAUUGCUGGUUGGUGGAUGCUACUUUCCAAAUCAGUCCUUCUUUCCUCCCUCCGUCCCUCCCAUCCAUAUAAUUGUGGCAGGCUCCUGCAGGCUUGGGAAUUCAGCAUGCAACCGCGUGGCUGGGUCGCUGCUUUGCUCCUGCUGAUGCUCCAGGGUGGCCAUCGCCAGGGCUGCUCCUCCCUCCUCUGGGGGCAAAGACUGUCCUUGGGGAACCUGAGCCAGCUGAGAAAGGCAGCCUUUCUCCCAGCCACUGGAGCCCUAGGGGACCAAUGGAGAUGACACAGCCAUGAGGCUGGGGCUGCCCAGCCCUCGACUGCUACACCGAUUACCUCCGGAGCAUCACCUGCGUGGUGGAGAUGCGGACCCUCCGCUCCAGCACACUCUCUAUUACCUGGCAAGACCCGUAUGUGGAACUGCAGGACGAGGUCACCUUCUGCAGCCUGCACAGGUCCAGCCACAAUGCCACACACGCCACGCACACGUGCCACAUGGACGUGUACUCCUUCAUGGCUGAUGACAGCUUUACCGUCAACGUGACAGACGAGUCUGGUGGCUACUCCCGGGAGUGCGGCUCCUUCCAGGUGGCUAGCAGAAUCAAGCCGGCUCCUCCUUUCAAUGUGACUGUGACCUUCUCGGGACACUAUAACAUCUCUUGGCGCUCGGAUUACUAUGAAGAGCCCGUCUCCUACGCACUGCGGGGCAAGCUGCGGUAUGAGCUGCAGUACAGGAACCGGGCGGACCCCUUGGCGCUGAGUCCAGUGACUAAGUUGAUCUCCGUGGAUUCCAGAAGUGUUUCCUUUCUCCCCGGGGAGUUCCGCAAAAACUCAAGCUACGAACUGCAGGUGCGGGCAGGACCUCAGCCGGGUUCAGCCUUUUCGGGAACCUGGAGCGAGUGGAGUGACCCUGUCAUCUUUCAGACCCAGCCUGAGGAGUCCAAGGCAGGCUGGGACACCCGCCUGCUGCUCCUGCUCCUGUCGCUGGUUGUCUUGGUUCCUCCGGCCUUCGUCUUUGCGGGCCUAAAGAUCCGCCUGCCUUGGAGACUGUGGAAGGAGGUGUGGGCACCUGUGCCCAGCCCAGAGCGGUUCUUCCAGCCCUUGUAUGAGAGCCACAGAGGAGAUUUCAAGAAGUGGGUGAGCGCCCCCUUUACUGCCUCCAGCCUGCAGCUGGGACCCUGGAGCCCGGCAGCACCCUCCAUUCUGGAGGUGAUUGACGGCCACUCAUCACGGAAUCUGGCCAAGGGGCUGGAGGCCCUGGGGCUGACGGGGUCUACAGACCUGCUGGAGUCCGAUGGUGCCCCUGAGCCCGAGUCUUCCUCCAUGGCCGGCAGUCCGCACGGCUCAGACUACAGCGAGGAGAAGGACCGGCCCUAUGGCCUCCUGUCUAUCCACACAGUGACAGUGGCGGAUGUAGAGCAACUGUGCACCUGGCCUUGCAGCUGUGAGGAGGACGGCUACCCAGCCUUGAACCUGGACACUGGCCUGGAGCCUGGUCCCAGCCCAGAGCACCUUCUGUUGGACACCGGGACCACAGUUCUGUCCUGUGGCUGCGUCUCAGCAGGGGACCCUCGGCUGGGAGGGCCACUGGGCAGCCUGCUGCACAAGCUAAAGCUACCUCCUACAGAUGAGGAGGACUGGGCUUCGGAGCCACCCUGGGGUGGGGUGUCACCUGGGGGGGUCUCCGAGAGUGAGGCGGGCUCACCCCCCGCUGGCCUGGACAUGGACACAUUUGAUAGCGGCUUUGCAGGCUCGGACUGCGGCAGCCCAGUGGAGUGUGACUUUGCCAGCCCCAAGGACGAGGAUCCACCCCGGAGCUACCUCCGCCAGUGGGUGAUCAUGGAGCCUCUGCCUGAGGGACCUGAGCCCCAGGCCAGCUAGAGAAGUGGCCAGGCUGUCUAGGACUGGCCGUGCCACUGGGCCAGGACAAACCCAUUGGCAGGGUCCAGAGACAGGGCCAGCUAGAUGGUGACAGGAAGAGGCCUGCUGCUGGGCCUCCUGCUGGGCUUUGGUCCAAUGUUUACAGUGCUCAUGUCUGUGUGUUUGUGUGAAGGUUGGUGUGCCAUGCACACCAUGGCUGUGGUGUGUGUCAGCUGCCACACCUGUGUCUGUUCCUGUGCCAGGAGUGUGGGCAGCUGGGGUGCCUGUGGGGCGCAGAUGCCAGCCCCUCUUUGCCUGCUGCAGGCUGAGGGGGACUGUGCUGGGAUCAGGUGCUGUCUGGGACAGGUGUCACGCCCAGUCCCUCAGGUCCCAACGCUAGGAGCCCAAGAAAUCCAGGCUGCUCCAGUCACCUCUCAGGAAGGAGAAAGGACAGUGUGAGUCCACAGUGACCCUGGGGGGUGACCAGGAUGUAGGUCUGAAUGCUGACUCUGAGCCUUCUCGCCUGUGAAGCCCAGAGUGAGGGUUUUCCUGUCUGGACAGUGAGGCAGACAUGACCCGCCUUAGAGGGCCAUGCACAACUUCCUGCCGCCUGUGGCCUGUGGCCAGGCAGGCUGGCGCCGGGGGGUGGGGGGUAGAAGCCACCAUGCUGGCAGCCUGGUGUCAGGGUCAGCCCCCGGCACAGGUGCACAGGGGGUUUCCAGGCUGAAAGUCACUCAGCCUUGCCUCAGAAACAGCCCCCAUUAACCAAGAUUUCUUUUUCUGACUUCUGCUGCCCACUUUUUUUCUUCUUUUUAAAAAUCCCCUUACCCCAGAACUAUUUAUCAAGUACCAAUUAAUUAUAUGCCAGGCAUUAUGCAGGUAGCAUGGCACCCAAAGGACCCUGCCCUGUAGUACUCGGAGUGGGGUAGGGGACACAGAGACACAGGCAGGAGUGAUACCCUGUGUGCCCCGUGUGCCACCGCACCCUGCUCUCCCUCCCCUGCUCAGUCCUGGCACCUUAUUUAUUACCCUGAGGAGUCAGGGGAAGCCAAGCUGCUUGCCAGUGAUUUCUCAGCGAUCCUGUUGAAAUGUGAAUUAAGAAGCUAAACACCCCAUUGCCCAUCAGUGCCAGGCGUUACAUAAAGCGCCUGGUUUCAGAAGCUAGGUUGCUUUGCUUCUAAGGAUGCCCCUAGAGGUGGCUUGGGUUUUUCAGGACCAGGUAGGGGUAAGGCCUGAGGGUGUGAUUCCCUUCAGGAGCCUGAGGGAGCGCCUGUCCCAGGCUGCGCUCAGCGGGUUUCUGGAGAAAGAUCUGACACAGAAGGAAGGUCUGUGUCUGCUUCGGGAGUAUCUCAGGGAGGUCACUGAGGGAGAGCACAAGCACUCUCAGUGCCAGCAUGAGGCUGAAAGUUCUAGAACACCACUGGGUCUAAUAGCAAGCUGUCGACAGGUGUUGGGUGUGGGGCUUAGAUGGGCACUCGAGGGGAAACCACAGCUCCUGCACAUGCAUACUGCCCCCCUCCCCUCCGGAUACCCUCGAGACAGCGUGGGGGGAAGGUGUGCAGUGGCUUUCACACCUCUUGGAUGCAGCAAGGUGCAGGCGCCGCCUGAGCCACAGCUCCCCAGGGAGCGCUCAGCUCUGCAGCCGUGGAGUGGGAGACUGGGGCCACCUGGGGAGGACGUGCUCCGCCCGGCCUCAUCUCUGAUGCAGAUGCUGCUGGAUCGCUCACGUGUGAGUGUGGUGCAAAAGGGCGACGAGAGCAGGUCUCGUGGGCAGGCUGGGUUCCUGCGUGGAGGCAGCGUGGAGGGUGGAAGGCUGCAUGGGUGCAGAAGGACAGUCAGAGGCCUGAAGGAAGACAGGUUGGAUGCAGAGACAGAGAAAUAGGUGCUGGAAACUGCCAAGAGACCUAGCACGAGUCCUACCAGGGCAGUGACUUUAUUUAGUUCACUGCUUUAUCCCCAGUCUGGCAUACGGUUGACACGCAAUAAAGCCCCAUCUGUA